AUGGAGGAGGACUCUGAUGGCUUGGUGGCGCCACAGGCGGCUCCACAGGGGCCAGGGGCAGAGAGGUCGAGCCUGGCGCCAUCGUCCUUCACCUGCAGCAUCUGUAUGGAGCUGCUCGUGGAUCCUGUAGUCGGCAGCUGCGGGCACGACUUCUGCAAGCGCUGCAUUGAUCAGUGGCGAGGCUCGUGUCUGCGCAACGGGCGGUGCGUGCAGUGCCCAGUCUGCCGCACCCAGCUGCUGUCAUCGCCGUGCCAGACCUUUGGCGUUUGCAUACGUCUGAGGGAGACCAUUGAGAAGCUGUUCCCAGAUCAGCUGGCAGCUCGCCGAGCGGAGGCUGAGCGGCAGGCCAUCGCCGGCGGCGGCAGCUCUGCGGCAGCAUACAGCAGCGCCGAGCAGCCACCCGCGGCGUCCUUCGCUCAGUUUGCACAGGCGAUCCGGCAGCAGCAGGCCCUGCUUGGCCACGAGUACGAGCAGCAGCGGGCCAGCAUGAUACGUGACAGCAUCGCGCUGCUCACGAGGCCGCCAGCCGUGCCGACCAGCAGCUCGGCCAGCACCACCAGCACAUCUUCGCAGCUGGGCCAGCCACAGCAGCGCGCCGUGCCAGAGCGCCAGCAGUCCUCCCCGGGACAGCACCAGGUGUUCAGUGCGCACCAGCCACACCGGCCAGUUGCAGCAUCUCUGCCGGCCGCCCAGGCCGCGGCAGCUGCGGCCGCUGCUGCCUCCGCGGCAGGGACUUUGUCCGACUGGCCGCCAACGACAGACAUGCUGCAGCGGGCAGCAGCCGCCACCACGCCUGCAUUUGAGCAGCAGCAGCAGCAGCAGCAGCAGCAGCAGCAGCAGCAGCAGUCGGCUCCAGCACCGCCUGCGCAUGAUCGCGAGAUCAUCCAGCAGCAGCAGCAGCUGCUCGGCUGGCUUGCAGGCAUGGUCACUGGGGCUGCUACAGCCGGCGCCAACCUGCAGCCCGCGCCCGUCUCAACCCCCUCCGCGACUGGGCCGGGCGCAGCUGGCGCUGGCGCUGCUCUGGCCGCUGCAGCCUCCAUUGCUGGGGUCGCAGGGCCUGGCGCCAUGCCGCUCCUGUCCCUGCCAGAGGCCCAGCAGCUGCUGAGCAGCUGGGCGUGGCACGGCAGUGUGUUUGAGGCGGAGCUGCUGGUAAUCUACACGGUCCUGCAGCACCGUCUGGCGGCGUGCGGCGAGUUGCUGCGCAUGUGCAGUAUGAACGACGGGAGCAAUGGUGCCGCGGCAGCAGCGCUGCAGCAAGUGUUUGGGAUGCAGCAGCUGCCAAUCCCGUCUCUGCAGCAAGCGCAGCAGCAGCAGGCGCAGCAGCAGCAGGCGCAGCAGCAGCAGCAGGCGCAGCAGCAGGCUCAGGCGGUGGCUCAACAGCAUGCACACGCGCAGCAGCAGGCGCAGCAGCAGGCGCAGUCUACUCCAGUCACGCCUCAGCACGCGCAGCAGGGUGGGCAGCAGCUGUGGUGGGGGUUCGAUAUGCAGCAGCAGCAGCAGCAGCAGCAGCAGCAGCAGCAGCAGCAGGUGCGCUAUCAGCAGCAUAUGUGGAUGCAGGCGCAGCAGCAGCUGGCUGCCGCCGCUGCCGCAGCGCAGCAGCACAUGCAGCAGCAGGCUCCAGCUCAAUCAUCUAUGGCGUUCCCGUUUUGGGGGCAGCCCCCGGUAGCAGCUGUGCAGCAGCCGCCGUGGUCUGCGCAGCUCAUGAGCUCGUGGCCGGCCUCUGGGAAUGGUCAAGGAGUGGAGCAGCCGCAGCAGAGCGAGUCGUCAGAGGGCGGGCUAACGACAAGCUCCACAGCCUACUACACGGUCGCGUCUGGCAGCCUUCUAGUCAUCAACAAAGUAGCUAUUGUCGCGCUGCCGGCUCCAACCUUCGUGCUGCUCUGCCAGCUGCUCUUUUCGGCCGGUGCCGUCUUGAUCGCCCAUUGGGUCGGCGCCGUCGCCAUAAGCAAGGCAACCGCCCGGCAGCUGCUACACUUCUUGCCGAAUAUCUUGGGGUUUGUGGGGACCAUCUACGCCAACAUCAAGGUCCUGCAGCACAGCAAUGUGGAAACCUUCAUCACCUUCCGCUGCAGCACGCCCCUGGUCCUCUCCUUCUUCGACUGGGCCCUCCUCGGCCGCAAGCUGCCGACGGCGCGAUCCUGGGCGGCGCUCGCGGCGCUGCUGCUCUCGAGCGUUGGGUACGCGUGGUUCGACAAGGGUUUUGUCGUGGACGCGUACGCGUGGCUGUUUGUGUGGUACGUCUUCUUCACGUUUGAGGGCGUCUGGGUCAAGCACAUGUGCGACACUGUCCCCAUGUCCAAUUUCGGGCGCGUGUACUACGCCAACCUCAUGAGCAGUCCGGUGCUGGCCGCUGCGCUGCUGUUCGCCGAGAAAGAGCGUGCCCUGCUGGCCGGAGUCACCUGGGGCGUCAGGGUCUCCGGCCCCCUGGCCCUGUCGUGCAUCAUGGGCGUGGCGAUGAGCCACGCGAGCUACCUGCUGCGGUCGCAUGCGGCGGCGACGACGGCGGCGGUGGUGGGCAUCGCGUGCAAGCUGCUGUCAGUGGUGCUGAACCUCGCGAUCUGGGACCGGCACGCCGGCCCUUUGCAGCUGGGGUUUCUGCUGCUGGGCAUUUUUGCAGCUGCCAUGCAGGCGCCGCUGCGGGAGGAGGCCAAGCUGCAGGCCAAGGCUUCAGGGACUGAGUCGGUGGAGAAGGGCAAGGACUGA